UCCCGCCCCGCCCGCCGCCGUCCCCGCCCGCCGCUGUCCGGCUCUGCCCGGCACAGGCCGCGCCGCCAUGUCGGGCCCGUUCGAGCUCUCGGUGCAGGAUCUCAACGACCUGCUGUCGGAUGGCAGCGGCUGCUACAGCCUCCCGAGCCAGCCGUGCAACGAGGUCGCGCCGCGCGUCUACGUGGGCAACGCGUCAGUGGCUCAGGACAUCGCUGCACUGCAGAAGCUGGGCAUCACCCACGUCCUGAAUGCGGCUGAGGGCCGGUCCUUCAUGCAUGUCAACACCAAUGCCAACUUCUACCAGGACUCGGGCAUCACCUACCUGGGCAUCAAGGCCAAUGACACGCAGGAGUUCAACCUCAGCGCCUACUUUGAGAGGGCCUCGGACUUCAUCGACCAGGCCUUGGCACAGAAGAGUGGCCGGGUGCUGGUGCACUGCCGAGAGGGGUACAGCCGCUCCCCAACCCUGGUGGUCGCCUACCUCAUGCUGCGGCAGAAUCUGGAUGUGAAGGCGGCCCUGAGUGCUGUGCGGCAGCACCGCGAGAUCGGCCCCAACGACGGCUUCCUGGCCCAGCUCUGUCAGCUCGACGACAGGCUCCGGCGGGAGGGGCGGCUGAAGCUCUAGCCCCUGCGCCCAGCUCCACCCCUCCCUGCCCGCCUCCCCUGUCCCCUACAAGGAAGUCAGUGUCCCCUGCCCAUGUCACAGGGCACCUGUCCAUGUGUGUCCCAGCACAGCCCGGGCCUUGUACACUGGGGACACACAGAAGCUUUGCCGAGGGUCCUGCUCCCAGUCAUCUCUCAGGCAGAGGCAUCUGUUCCCCGCUGCUUGGUGGUAGGAAGAGGGGCACCCCCCAGGACCUCAGUGCCCAAGCCCAGUAAAGGAGGCUGGUGCGCGUGCUGCCCCGCCACACCUAGCCUGUGCGUGCCUGCCGUCACCCUGGUGGAAGUCUUCUGGUUAGUUCCCCAGGCUGUGGACACUGGCCCAGGAGGCUGGGCACUGUGUGCGCGGUGAGCGCUGGCCCUGCCCUCUUGGCCCUGCACCUGGUACUGGCCACACCUUGGCUUUCGCUUCCUAUUUAGAAAGGAGGGUGUUGAGCUCUGGCCUGUUGGCGGGACCGGUGUUGGGGCUUCAAGGCGGCUUCAUGCUGAGUCUGCGGGGCCGCAGCCCCCUGUGCCAUCUGCUCUGGUCCUGCUGCUGCUCUGAGAGCGGGGGAGGAGCUGGCCCAGCUCAGCUGGUGUGGGGCAGGCGUGGGUGUGGCUUCUGCUUCCGGGAGUCGUGUGAUUCUGUGCGUCAGAGUCCUCGCUGUGUCCCAUCCCAGCGUGUGGGUGUCUCGUGGGAGACGGCUGAGCUGGGUGUACACGGGCGAUGCCCCACGAGUGCCCAGCUCCCGGAGGUCUGGGUCCUGCAGGAGCCCCCAGCGCUUGGCAGAGAACAUCAGACUCUGCAGUGGCUUAGAGCUCAGUUUGCAUCUGUGCCCAAGCGAGGCGGCACCCGCGUGGGAGGAGCGGGCUUGCGGCCCCUGUGGUGAGGCCCUGCGCCCCGCGGCAGCAGCUGCUGCUUUCCAGGUCACCGCUGAGGCCAGCAGCCGCCUGCGGGACGCUGCACCUGCCCCACAGGUUGCACGUGAUCCCCUGUCCGUGGUGGGGUUCAGGGUGAGAAGGCUGGGGGCCCACACUGCCAGCUUGCUGCUCUCAGAGCGGCUUCUAGGCUGCUCCUCCCUGGAGCGGGGUUGGAUCAGUGUGAGAACGGAGUGCAAAGUGAGGUCCUCGAGCGGCGCCCCAGGCCAGGCUUUCUGCCUUACUCCCCUCUGCUGGGAACUCCUUGGCGCCUCAACAGCGGGAGGAGGCUGGGGGAGAAUUCUGUCUCCUCUGGGCUCCUCUGCUGGGGACUUCGGGUGGCUCUGUUGUCCCCAGAAAUCCAUGUUCCCUCCUGAGAUUUAACUCUGAACGAGACACCGUGUGUUGCGUGGUGUGAGAACUAUUGCCCAGUGAGACUGACAGGAGCUGUCCCCUGGCGGCUGUCUGCCCCUGGGAGGGGCAGCGCGGGACCUCGGGGCGCCAGCCCCUGCCUGCACACCCGCCCCUCCUGUGGCUGGCAGAGCUGUGUCCCAGGGGGUUUCUUUGCAUGCUGAGCAGCGUCCUUCCUGGCCAUUUCCCCCACUCCGAGAUGUGGACACCACGGGGCCAGCAGGUGGCGCUGCGUCCCCUCAGUGGCUGAGACCAGGAGGGCUGGUGGAGCAGGUGCCGGGCCAGACAGAAGCUCUGCUCAGAGACCUUGGCCUACACCGUGGCAGGGGUCCUGGAAGAGCCAGCACAGUGCCGUCCUGCAGCGGGCACCGCAGGGCCCCGGCCGGGGCUGGCAGCUUCGCUUGGAUCCCUGCUUCACUCCUGCUGGUUCGCAGGGUGAUGUGCUGUGAGAGUGAUUUUGAGGACAGAGGAGGGAGGCAGCCAGCUGCUCAGAAGCAGCAAGGUGGCUGGGCCUGGGUGGCGGCCCUGCGGAGAGCGCUGCGUGGCACAUGGGAGGCCCCAGGCCCAUCUCCACUGCCACCAAAAAAAGAAAAAAAACAAGCAAGUUGAAUGUCUGCUGUGUCACCAGUCUGUGUUAAAACACUAAAAUCACAACCAAAAUAAAUGUCUUACCCGACAAGGA